UACUAAUAUUUAAAAAUGGAGACUCCUGAUCUGGACACAGAUAAUGUUUCUACACCAUCAAACAUCUGUAAACUCCAGGGAAAGAGAUCAGAAUCACCAACACACAGCUGUAUCUCCAUGAAGAGUGACUGGUCUAUGGAGCUUCCUCUGGGGUUUAAAGAUGGAGACUCAUCACUUCUACACAGUAAACUCCAGGGAAAGAGAUCAGAAUCACCAACACACAGCUGUAUCUCCAUGAAGAGUCAUGAGUCUAUGGAUCAUCAGGAGGUUAAAGCUGUAGACUCCUCACUUCUACACAGGUACGACCCAGAAUCUGCUGGUGGAAAUGAAUUCCAGAAAAAGUUCAAAUUAAAUCUGAUGAAGAAGUUUCAGUGUUUGAAUGGAGUGAUAAUAAACCUGGGAACCCAAACACUCCUGAAUGAGAUCUACACAGAGCUCUACAUCACAGAGGGAGACAGUGGACAAGUCAAUAAUGAACAUGAGGUGAGACAGAUGGAGGCAGCAUCCAGGAGAAGAACAACAGAGGAAACACCAAUCAAAUGCAAUGACAUCUUUAAGCCUUUAUCUGAACAAGACAAACCCAUCAGAACUGUGCUGACAAAGGGAGUCGCUGGCAUCGGAAAAACCGUCUCUGUGCAGAAGUUCAUUCUGGACUGGGCUGAAGGGAAAGUAAAUCAGGACGUCCACCGCAUAUUUCCACUUCCUUUCAGAGAGCUGAACUUGAUGAAGGACCAGAAACUGAGUCUGAUGGAGCUCCUUCAUGUCUUUUUUAAGGAAACAAAAGAAACAGAAAUGUUCAGUUUGGAAAAGGUUCUGUUCAUUUUUGACGGAUUGGACGAGUGUCGUUUUCCUCUAGAUUUCCAGAAGACAGUGAGAGUGUGUGAUGUAACUGAAUCAGCAUCAGUGCCUGUGCUGCUGAUAAACCUGAUCAAAGGGAAUCUGCUUCCCUCUGCUCUCAUCUGGAUCACCUCCAGACCUGCAGCAGCUGAUCAAAUCCCCUCUGAGUGUGUGGAUCGAGUCACAGAGGUACGAGGGUUCAAUGACCCACAGAAGGAGGAGUACUUCAGGAAGAGGAUCAGUGAUCAGAGCCUGGCCAAUAACAUCAUCACACACCUGAAGUCAUUAAGAAGCCUCUACAUCAUGUGUCACAUCCCAGUCUUCUGCUGGAUUACAGUCACUGUUCUAGAGAGAAUGUUGGGUGAAGCAGAGAGUGGAGAGAUCCCCAAGACUCUGACUCAAAUGUACACACACUUCCUCAUCAUUCAGACAAACAUCAUCAGAGAAAAAUACUCAAAGAAGCAGGAGAGUGAUGAAGAAAUGCUUCUUAAACUGGGACAACUGGCUUUUCAGCAGCUGAAGAAAGGGAACCUGAUCUUCUAUGAUGAAGACCUGAGAGAGUGUGGUAUUGAUGUGACAGAAGCAGCAGUGUACUCAGGUGUGUGUACUCAGAUCUUCAGAGAGGAGUUUGGGCUUCACCACAGUAAAGUGUACUGCUUUGUUCAUCUGAGCAUUCAGGAGCAUCUCGCAGCUCUGUAUGUGCACCUGACCUUCAUGAAGAAGAAGAGAAAUGUUCUUAAACAGAAUCAAGAUGCUAAACAUUGGAUGAAAGAAAAUACAAUCUCAGAUGUACACAAGAGUGCUGUGUAUCAGACUUUAGAAAGUCAGACUGGACAUCUGGAUCUUUUCCUUCGCUUUCUUCUGGGUCUCUCACUGGAGUCCAAUCAGAAACUCUUAUAUGUUUUAGUAACACAGACAGGAAGUAGCUCCCAGAGCAUAAAGGAAACAGUUCAGUACAUUAAGAAGAAGAUCAGUGAAGAUCUUCCUACAGAGAAAUCCAUCAAUCUGUUCCACUGUCUGAAUGAACUGGGUGAUGAUUCUCUAGUGGAGAAAAUCCAACACUACCUGAAAUCUGGAAAACAAAGUGAACUUUCUUCUUCACAGCUUUCUGCUCUGGUGUUUGUGUUACUGACAUCAGCACAGGAGCUGGAUGAGUUUGACCUGAGUAAAUAUACCAGUACAGAUAAGAUAACAGAAAAUGUUGUUCUGAAGAUGAUGCCUGUGAUUACAGCAUCCAGUAAAGCAAUGUAAGUAAAUGUGAAUAUAACUGUUCUACUGUUACAGUGUUAGAGAGAAACUGAACACACUCUAAUAUGGACUUUGGGAUGUUCUGACCUGAAGGUGAUACAGAGUGGAGUUCAUGUAAAUAGAUAAAUUAGGGAAUAAAAUCUGCAUUAAUAAAUGUAUGAUACUGAAGUGCAGCUAUUAAACAUGUAGAAGCAGGUGAUUACAUUUGAGGGAGUUUUGUAGUUUUGUAGUUAUGACUUAUCUUAAUAUCUUACAAUAAUGAUGAAGUUAAUGCAGGUUUUAUGUUGGAUGUUUGAUGUAUAUUAAACACACCUGUGUACCAGACAUAAAGAACCAGGUUUACUGCAG